UUCUGGGAUAUUGACACAAAUUUGCAGCGAUGCUUUGGUGAAGAUUUACUCAAGACUAAAACACUCUACAAAAAUGAAGCGUGUUUUCACCCUCACAGACAGAGCUUGGUUGGGGUCCUGUCUCCAGUACAAAUGGCAGAAGACCCUGGGGAACUACAUCGCUGUCGCAGGAUCUGACAGCUCAGUGAAGAUAUUUGACAGACAUGGACAGAGGAAGAAUGAACUAAAUCUACCUGGGCGUUGUGUAGGGAUGGACUGGGAUAAGGACGGAGACAUCUUGGCAGUGAUCUCUGACAAGUCCAGCUCCGUUUACCUCUGGGACGCUAACGUCAACAAGACCUCACAGAUAGACAGCGGCAUGAGAGACCAGAUGUCAUUCAUCCUGUGGUCGAAGGCUGGGCCCCUAUUGGCUGUCGGGACUAACAAAGGAAACCUGCUGAUCUACAACCAACAGACGUCACGCAAGAUCCCUGUCCUGGGAAAGCACACUAAACGUAUCACCUGUGGCUGCUGGAGUUCUCAGAACCUGUUGGCGCUGGGCAGCGAGGACUGCAGCGUAACCAUUAGCAACCAGGAGGGAGACACCAUCCGACAGACGUCGGUGCGUUCUGACCCAGCUGAUGUCCAGUUCUCUGUGAUGAAGACAGACGAGAGGUCUUCCCCAGGAGAGAGCACAGUGAGCGUUGCCGUGGGGAAGAAGACCCUGUUCCUGUUUAACCUCAACGACCCCGACAACCCCAUAGAGCUGGCCUUCCAGCAGCGCUACGGACACAUCAUCUCCUACCGCUGGUAUGGUGAUGGCUACAUCCUGAUCGGUUUCUCUCAGGGUUAUUUUGUGGUGAUCUCCACCCACAUCAGAGAGAUCGGUCAGGAGCUGUUCCAGGCUCACAACCAUAAAGACAGUCUGACCAGCGUUGCCAUUUCCUCUGCUCUCAACAAGGCUGCUUCCUGUGGGGACAACAGUAUAAAGAUCCAUGAUCUGUCUGAGCUGAAGGAGAUGGACGCCAUCGUCAACCUGGAGGAUGAGACUCAAGGUCUAGACCAGUUGAGCUGGACAGAUGAUGGUCAGUUGUUGGCCGUCUCCACCCAGAGAGGAUCCCUGCACGUCUUCCUGACCCGUCUCCCCAUCCUGGGGCACAGCUGUGGGACCCGCCUGGCCUACCUGACCUCCCUGCUGGAGGUCACUGUGUCUAACCGUGUGGAGGGAACACCUGUAGAGCGGGAAGCUCCUGUUGCUGUGGCGGUGGAGGUGGAGCCUAACUUCAUCGCCGUGGGACCCUACCACGUUGCCGUGGGGAUGAACAACCGAGCCUGGUUCUACGCCCUGGGAGACUCCGGUGUGGAGAGGCUGAAGGACAUGGAGUAUUUGGGGACGAUCGCCACCAUGUGUCUGAACUCAGAGGGG